CUUGUACACAGGAUUUCCUGAGCUCCUAGUGCCUGUGACGUAGCACACCUCCCUUUAUCUCCCCCUCCCCCAGCUCUCUCUCCCACUCUCUCCCCAUCAGCUACAGGAGCAGGCAUGUUCAACCUUUUCCCAUCUGUUCAGUAAAAUGAGGAAUGUGGAAAAAAGGAACAGUUAACAGCAGUCUACUGGCAAGAUAAAAUCAAGCCAGGACAAUCCUGGGUCGGUGAAGGGGUGUAAUCAACAUUUUUGUUUAUCAUCCUGUCAGAGAGUCGAAAGGGUCUCCAGGCUCUUCUUCAGUAGUCCUAAAAGUAUUUUGUAUUCCAUAGUCCCACAUUUUUCUUGCUCCUUUUUGUCACAGUAUUUCUGACGUGAUUUAAGUAAAAUAAAAUAAUAAUAAUAUUUUACUUAUUGUGGCUACAAGAAAGGAUAUACAGGAUGAAUGAGGAAUGUGGUCUACUGGCACGGGACCUUUCUAAGGUGACAGAUGAAGAAAUGCUAUCCCAUAGCAAAGAGGAACUUGUACGAAAACUGAGAGAAGAGGAAGCAGAAAAAAUGGCAGCCCUUAUCCAAAGAGGUCGUCUUAUUAAGGAAGUCAACCGCCAGCUGCAAGGCCACUUAACAGAGAUUCGAGAGUUAAAACAAGUUAAUCAUCGUCUUCAGGAGGAAAACAGAGAGUUGAAGGACCUGUGCUGCUUCUUGGAUGAUGACAGAUUGAAAAGCAAGAAGCUGGCUAGUGAAUGGCAGCUCUUUGGAUACCAUGCAGCCAAAGUGUUACGUGAAGACUUGGGUGGGUAUCUGAAAAAACUUUCUGAGCUUGAGAGACGUCAGGAUGAGCUUGUGCGGGAAAACUCAUGCCUAUCUGAAGUUUUUCUCGCUCUAGAGGAAGAUGGGGCUUCCAUAAGGCAUCAUGCCAGCCCAGUGGCUUCUUCAGAGCUAAGCCUUUUACCAUGUGGACCACGAGACUUGGGAGAUGGAAGCUCGAGUACAGGGAGUGUAGGGAGUCCAGAUCAACUCCAUGUUGUUUGUUCACCUGAUGACUGAAAACGGGUAUCCUGUCUAAAGUUGUGAAUGUAUAUGGCUAUGAAUGACAAGACUGUUGGACUUUAAAAUGGGUCUUUUUUUGUCAACUAAGCUACUGAGGAGGGAAUCUGGGGUAAAUAGCUUGUUUUUUUUCUUGUCUACUACACUUUCUGUAUAUAUUGUAUACACAUAAACUCUUAAGCCAUUUUCUCUGAAAAGAAGACAGCACACUAACUCUCUGUAUUCAUACAGAUUCCAUGGAUCUUGCUUGAUUGCUCCUAGGCACUAGCUUCUGUAUAUGUACAGACUAGCAAGAACUUAGUUUUUGAUCCAUAUUAUUGAUCUCUUUAUAUAUUGAGGCAUGAGAGGGCUCAUUCAAUCCCAAAUGAAUGGGGCCUUUUGCUUGUUUGGGUAGAUGGCAUGGCCCAUCAGUAGCAGGCAAACUUGGUCUCUGCUUCUCUGUAUACAGUAUAUGCAUGUGGGAGAGAGCUUGUUGUCUGCUCUCAGUCUUGGUUCUCUGUAUAUACAGAUGGGACACGACAAAUACUCCUCUCAGUGAAUGAUCAAUGUGUAUGUAUGCAGGAGAGAGCGCAUACAUACACAGUCACUCUCUCUGUAUACUAGUUAGAUGGCAAAAUGAGAUUUCCACUGUUGUUUUAUUGUCACAAUGGUAUCCCUGUUUGUAAACAGAGUUUCUGGUAUUAUUGCCAUAGUUUACUAUAUAGUU